GAAGGCGCCCUACAUCCGCAGGGACGCUCUGUCGCGUGUUGGUGGGCACGCAAAACAAAACUUUUAGAGACGAAUCUUCCACUCUAGAGGUAAUAACAACCAGACAAACCAGCUGGUUAAGUUUGGUUCUCUUGGAGGCUUCCUGCAGACCAUGCCCCACGAGCCCGACCCUCCUCCGGCUAAAAAAUUCAAGCCGGGGUCUGUUUUUUUCCGCCUGGAGAGGAAUAAACCUGGAAUGCUUUUGCCAAAAAAGGGGAAUGUGAGCACUCCGAUAGAGGUCCAAAGGAAACAGCUUCCGAUUUACCAGGCAAAGCCGCACCUUUUGAACCAACUGAGACAACUUCAAAAUGCUAUCAUAAUAGGUGAGACCGGAUCUGGGAAGACCACACAGAUCCCGCAGUAUCUGUAUGAAGCCGGGAUCGGUCGUCUGGGUAUGGUCGCCAUCACUCAGCCGCGUCGAGUCGCUGCAAUCUCUCUGGCAGGACGGGUGGCGGAAGAGAAGAGGACUCAAAUCGGCAAACUGGUUGGCUACACGGUGCGCUUCGAAGAUGUCACCUCCUCUGAGACGAAGCUGAAGUUCAUGACUGAUGGCAUGCUGCUGCGGGAGGCCAUAGGAGAUCCCUUGCUGCUGAAGUACACUGUGGUAGUCCUUGAUGAAGCCCACGAACGCACCGUGCACACAGAUGUGCUCUUUGGUGUGGUGAAGACUGCGCAGCGCAGACGGAGGGAGCUCAAUAAGAUCCCCCUGAAGGUCAUAGUGAUGUCUGCCACAAUGGAUGUGGAUUUGUUCUCUGAAUACUUCAACAAGUCUCCUGUCUUAUACCUGGAAGGGAGGCAGCACCCCAUUCAGAUCUUUUACACCAAGCAUCAGCAGUCAGACUAUCUUCAGGCUGCACUAGUUUCCAUCUUCCAGAUCCAUCAGGAGGCACCGCCAGCUCACGACAUCUUGGUGUUCAUGACGGGGCAGGAGGAGAUCGAGGCUCUGGCGAGGACGUGUCGAGACAUCUCCAAGCACGUCCCCGACGGCUGCGGGUCCAUGGUGGUUCUGCCCCUGUAUGCAUCUCUGCCUCCAGUGCAGCAACUCAGGGUGUUCCAGCCGGCUCCCAAGAGCUGCAGAAAAGUCAUCCUGUCCACCAACAUCGCAGAGACAUCUGUGACCAUCUCUGGGAUUAAAUAUGUCAUUGACACAGGGAUGGUGAAGGCCAAACGCUUCAACCCUGACAGUGGUUUGGAGGUGCUGGCCGUGCAGCGAGUCUCAAAGGCUCAGGCGUGGCAGCGAGCAGGCAGAGCUGGCAGGGAGGAAUCUGGCUUCUGCUACCGUCUGUACACAGAGCAGGAGUUUGACAACUUCCUCCCCAUGACUGUCCCGGAGAUCCAGAGGUGUAACUUGGCAGGCGUGAUGCUUCAACUCAUGGCGCUGGGGAUUCCAGAUGUGAUGAACUUUGAUUUCAUGUCCAAGCCUUCCCCAGAGGCUGUGCGUUCUGCUGUCGACCAUUUGGAGCUGCUGGGAGCUGUGGAGAAGAGGGAGGGGCAGGUUCUUCUCACCCCGCUGGGGAAGAAGAUGGCCAGCUUUCCUCUGGAGCCUAGAUAUGCCAAGACCAUCCUAUUGUCCCCAGAAUACUCCUGUUCUGAGGAGAUCUUGAGCAUCGUGUGUCUGCUGUCCGUUGACACUGUGCUCUACAACCCCCCGGCCCGGCGGGACGAUGUGCUCGCGGCACGCAAGAAAUUCAUGACCAGUGAGGGAGAUCACAUGACACUGCUGAACAUAUACAGAGCGUUUAAGAAAGUCAGUGGAAAUAAGGAGUGGUGUCGGGAGAACUUUGUCAACAGCAGGAACAUGGGUCUGGUAAAGGACGUCCAGGCGCAGCUCAGAGACAUCUGUCUGAAGCUGAACCUGAAGCUGGAGUCGUGUGGUUCAGACACCGCAAGUGUUCGCCGCUGCCUUGCCCAUGGGAUGUUUCUCAACGCGGCAGAGCUGCAGCUUGAUGGCAGUUAUCUGGCUCUGGACACCCACCAACCCGUGACCAUCCACCCAUCGUCCGUCCUUUUCCAGGCCAAGCCGGCGUACGUGAUCUUCAACGAGCUGCUGCACACCUCGCGCUGCUACAUGCGAGACCUGUGUCUGGUAGAUCCUGACUGGCUGCUGGAAGCAGCUCCAGAGUACUUUGGCCGCAAGCUUCACCUCACCAGGACCUAACAGGACUUCAGCUUUAACUUUGCGUUAGCAAAGCAGAGCAGAAUAUUUUCUUCAAUUGAGAGUUUUCUGGACUCCUCUACCUCCCAGCUGGCAUGGAUCUAGCAUGUGUUGCUGUUGCACUUCACAUCUAAGCCUCAUAGCUGAGGCUUCCUGCACACACCUGAAAAGGAUGUUUUGUUAAAGUUGUUUGCAUGCUUUUAUAAAGCACAAAACCUAUCAGGAACACAGUUUACAGAGGACUCCAUUUGGAAUUCUCCGUUUCAGUUUUUUUACAAUAAAAUGCUAUUCAACCUGCAGCAGGAAUUAUCUAACUAUCUAUCUAAUGUUGCUUUCAAGGCAGUUUGGGAAAAUACGCAGGUGAUCUUAAGGGCUUUUUUGGUAUAUCCUAAUGGCCACAAGGAAGCUCUGUAGUUGGGCGGUUGUCAAACAGCUCUUUCUGAGGCUUCUGCUUCAGAACAAGUACAGCGUAAUGGCGUAGCCAGCUUUCUACUCAGCAGUGCAAAACAUUCAGAUCCCAGCAGUCACCAGCCCACCGCUGAUUGACGUGCGCUGUAGUCCAACAACUGACCAAAAGAGAAGGAAGCAGGCUGCCUGCAGUUCUGACUUAACUCAGGGUUGUUGCAUUAUAAAGAAUUAGGGAUGUCCCGAUCCAAUCACAUGAUCGGAAAUCGGGUCCAAUCACCUCACAUGGUUUAUGAAUCGAUCAAAGUCGGAUGCUGUCUCUUGACCAGGGAUCCAACAUUUUAUUUGUUCUUAUUAUAAAUAGCGCUUUAUAUUUCCAGUGAAUUAUUCCAGACAAAUCCUCUGCUCAAGUCUGCAUAUCAUGAACUGUUCACCACAAUUUAUCGCACCGCUAGUUUGAUCAGGAGGUGCAGAAAAACAGUUCAGACAAGCUAAGAUAGUGAGAUAUUCCGGGAAGUCCCAAUCUGUGAAUAUGGUUUAAACUGACAGCAAGUGUCUCUAAUGAGUUGUCUUAACGCAAACGAUGACCUACAAAAGCCUUUUAACAUAAAGGGGUUGUUUCUUUUCAACGAGAACGGUUCUGUGUUGCCGACAGAGAUGCAGUGAGACUGCUGCUGCUGCAGAGAGAGCAGUAAAGCAGAAUUUAAUACUGUGGCAAUAAAACCAAAAAUAGGAUGUUCACUUAUGUUGAUACCAGUUCUGAAGAGGUUGAAAAGUGAAUUCCAUAUUCACUAAAAAAAAAAAAAAACUAAUUAAUGGGUCCAUUGAUAUGAGCUAGUCAUGAAUACUUGUCAUAUUUAUUCUACAACAAUUUAAAAGAAACUCAUUAUUUUUCAUUUUUCGUUAGAGAUAUUAAUUAGAGAUAUAAAUCACAAAAUGUUCAAAGGUUUUGAACAUUUGCUGAACUUAAGCUACAGUCACCAUCUUUCUCACAUGACUAAUUAUCACCAGUUUUUUUUUACCAGGAAAUACUUAACUAUUUUUAUUAAUAGUUGCAUUAAUUUUACUUGAUUUUUAAAGUUACUUCACAGAAGUUCAAGUGUUAAAUGAUAAAAUGAUUUUAAGUAAACAAAAAUGGAGGAAAAAAGGGAUAUGCUUAGAUUUAAAAAAAAUCAUUUUUUAAACGUGUUAAGAGUAUUGGAGUGGGACUCUGUAUUGGCAGAAUCAAAAUCUAAUGACUAGCAUCUGGCCGAAAAAAAACUGAUCGGGACAUCCCUAUAAAGAAAUGAUUUGAAUAAUUUAUUUACAAGAAUGUAUGAAAAAAUAACUUUUUCAAAUGGUUUUAUCCUGUUGAACAGUUCACACUGAGCAUGCUGUUUAUCUCUAUGAUUGCAGCUUCGUUUCUCGAUGCAUGUUCAGGAGUCCGCUUCACUCCUCAACCUGAACUUUGUAAUGUUUUGUCUCAUGGAUUGCAUGAAGCUGACGGGGAUCUGAUCUCUCUGGUCCUCAAUUCUUCGUGGAAUGUGCUGAAGAAAGGUGGAAAAAAUAGUUUUGCAUUUUAGACAAAAGACUCACGAUUGUACGUUUUGUCUCCUGACUAAAUUACAUUUAAAAAAAAAAAGUUUGUUUACUGAUUCAACAAUCAUUUUGAGAAGUUUUUUAUGCAUUUACUCUACAUGUUUGCAUGUAAGAAUAAAUGCAUGUGUUUGAAUUAAUGUGCAGAUGGUUUGAUACAGUCUUAAAUAGCAAAAGUUAUAUUUUCUAACAAUAAAAUUUUCAUUACUUGCUUCACAA